UAGAGGUUACUUUGUUUUUUACAAGUUGUCAUAUGUUCACAAGACAUAUUUUGUAUGGAAUAUUUUUUUAAAAAAAUAAAUUACUUAACUUUAUUUUUUAUAAUAAUAUAAAAAAGAAAGAGUAAUUUGAAGGAGGAGGGAAUCCGAUAGCGUGUAGAGAGAGAAAGAGGGAAAGGAAAAAUAAAGAGUGCGUGUUGGCAAGCAACUAAGCAUAGCUCAGAUCUCUUUCCUACCAUACUCUGUUAUUUUAUAUUCUUCCUUUUUUUCCUCCCAAAAAAAAAACAUUUUCAUAUCAAAAUACAGAAAUUCUAUAUUUCCAUUUAUACAUAUAUCAUACACAUAAAUUUAUUAAACUUCUCCCAUCCCAAAGAAGAUUUAUACAAAUUUAUGUCAUUUGGGAGAAAAUGGCAAAUACCCAAUUUGUAUUUAUUUGAAAAUUUCAAAAUUCUGGGAUUAUUUCUCUUUAUUUCUGGAAAAAGAAACAAAUUUUGCAGCUCAUUUCUUAUCUUUUUCAUGUGGUUUUGAUGCUAAGCUGUAAAAAAAGUGAUUCAAGAUAAUAAAAAGAAAGGAGGACCCAUUUGUAUUUGGGGGGUCUUCUUUUACAAUUCUUCCAAGUUUAUCAUUUUCUCUCUCCAAUUUUUUGUGGUUGGUGUAAUUUUACAGGAAUUUUGUUGCCCAGAUUACUCUUUUUCUGUCAGCUGAAGAUAGGUGUUUUGCCUCCUUGUAAGUUAUUAACUUUGUCUGCAAUGGGGAAGUCAAGUGGGAAGAAGAAAAAACAAAUUGGGGAGAAAUCAGGAGAUUUGACCCAAAAGCAAACUAGAUCAGUAGAUAACAGCCCGAGGGCGUAUGAUAAGGAUACAGAAGUUUUCAUUGCCAUGGCUCAGGAGUUGAAGGAUGAGGGUAACAGAUUGUUUCAAGGGAGGGACUCUGAAGGAGCCCUGUUGAAGUAUGAAAAGGCGGUCAAGUUGCUACCGAGGAAUCACAUUGAUGUAGCUUAUCUUCGCAGCAACAUGGCUGCUUGUUAUAUGCAAAUGGGUAUUAGUGAUUAUCCUCGAGCUGUUCAUGAAUGUAAUUUAGCUCUAGAAGUUACUCCAAAGUACAGCAAGGCUCUUAUAAAAAGGGCUAGGUGUUAUGAGGGGCUCAACAGGUUGGAGUUGGCUUUAAGGGAUUUGAAUGCAGUUCUAUCCAUGGAGCCGAACAAUUUAACAGCCUUGGAGAUAGCGGAGAGGGUGAAGCAGACUUUAGAAAGUAGAGGUGAUAGGGUAUUUGACCAUCCUCUUCCUGAGUAUAUUGAAUCUCCUAGUGUUCCAGCUUCACAGCCUCUAUCCAAAGCAGUAAAAGAGAAAUCUAAGAAGAAAAAUAACUCGAAAUAUGAGGAGGAGAAGGUAGAAGAUGACGGAAAAUGCUUGGAGGACAUAUUGGAAAAGAAAACAGAAAACAAGAAGACAGUUGCUGUUAAAGAAGAUAAAAAAGCCAGAUCCCAAGAAAAGAAGAAGGCAUUGAAGACCAAUGUACAAACAAAAGCAGAAGAUAGUCAGCAGAGAGAAGUUGAGGAUCUGUUAGAGAAGAAAACUGAGGAUAAGGUGGUGGUUGAGGAGAAGAUGUCUUAUGCAAAUGAAGACGAGCCAAAGAAUAAUGUGAAAUUGGUUUUUGGAGAGGAUAUCAGGUGGGCACAACUGCCUGUGAAUUGUAGUCUCUUGAAAUUGAGGGAGGUCAUACAGGAUAGGUUUCCAACAUCAAAGGCAGUUCUUGUCAAAUACAAAGAUCAUGAGGGUGACAUGAUAACUAUUACCACCAGUGAUGAGCUAAGAUUGGCUGAAGCAUCUGCCGGCCCCCAAGGUUCUGUGAAGAUUUACAUAGUAGAAGUUAGUCCAGAGCAUGAUCCUUUCUAUGAGAAAAUAAGAGUUAACGAUUUGUCAGAGAACGGAAGUUGUAGAGGGAAAAAAGUAAAUGAACAUGGGACAUUGUGCAUUGAAGAAUGGAUUGUCCCAUUUGCUCAAUUGUUCAAGAAUUAUGUUGGAUUCAGCUCUGAUGCAUACUUGGAUCUUCAUGAGCUAGGGGUGAAGCUUUAUUCUGAGGCCAUGGAAGAGACAAUUAGUUGUGAAGAAGCUCAGGUCCUGUUUGAUAUAGCAGCUGAAAAGUUUCAGGAAAUGGCAGCAUUGGCACUGUUUAAUUGGGGAAACGUCCACAUGGCACGGGCAAGGAAGCGAGUACAUUUUGAAGAAGAUUCGACCCAACAAAUUAUGCUUGAUCAGGUAAACAUUGCCUAUGAUUGGGCCCAACAGGAGUAUGAGAAAGCAGGGCAGAAAUAUGAAGCAGCACUUAAGAUAAAGCCAAAUUUCUAUGAAGGUCAUCUAGCGUUAGCACUACAACAGUUUGAGCAGGCAAAACUUGCUUGGUACUAUGCAGUUGCAAACAAUGAUGAUUUAGACACAUGGUCACCAAAUGGUGUCCUUGACCUGUAUAAUAAAGCUGAGGAAAACAUAGAAAAAGGCGUGCAAAUGUGGGAGGAUUCAGAGCUGCAGCGUCAAAGUGCAAUCUCCAGCCUUAAAAACAGCCAUGCUCAGAUGCAGAAAAUGGGGUUUGAUCGUCUAUUUAAAGAUAUAUCAACUAUUGAUAGUGAAGAGAUGGCCAUGACUAUCAGUUCCCAGGUUAAUGUUCUAUGGGGUACCAUGCUUUAUGAAAGAUCUAUCAUGGAGUUUAAGCUAGACCUGCCGGUUUGGCAUGAAUGUCUGGAGGUCGCUCUUGGAAAGUUUGAACUUGCAGGAGCUUCUCCGACUGAUAUAGCUGUUAUGGUGAAGAAUCACUGUUCUAAUGAUUCCAGGGUAGAAGGUGUAGGUUUCAGGAUUGACGAGAUUGUACAAGCAUGGAACGAGAUGGAUGAUGCAAAAAGGUGGUACACUGGAGUACCGUCAUUCCGCCUUGAACCAUUACUGCGGAGACGGGUGUCAAAAAUAUAUUAUGCACUUGAUCAGGCAUGAUUAAGAUAUUUCCAAUUCAGAUGCCAUGAAGUAUGUCCCAGAACUUAGGUUACUCCUGAAGUACCAAGCACCAAUAUUUCCAGAUGUGUAAUUUCUUAAUUGAGGUCAGGCAAUAUUUUUUUCCGUGUGCAUCAACUCACAGGGCCUUCAUUUGGAAAAAGGAACUAAGUUGCAAUUUUACAUUUUACACACCAUAUUGGGCAGAGAUGAAAUAGUUGAAGUCCACUUAUGGCGGCGUUUUGCUUUAUUAUUCAUCACAUUCCCAAUGCAAGAAUUGAAAGGCAAUAUAUAAUUCCUUACAGAAAGUACUUAUCAUAUUCUUUCUCAGCUAGUAUAGCUUUUGUAUUUGUAUUUUGAGCUAUGAGGUGUGGCGAAGUGGUACUGCACACACACUCCCGAUUCUGCAGUCCAAGCAUCGAGCAGUCAUAGUGACACAUGAAGGAGGGCCAGCAGUAUCUCUGGGCAGUAACUGAGCUACAACAAGGUUUUGCGAGAAGCUACUAAUUUUGUGGCCAACAACAUACCACCCCUGCCCCUCCCAAAAAAAAAAAAAAAAAAAAUGGAUUGGCUUGUAAUUAUUGUAUACAAAAUAGUGUCUGAUGUCUUUGUUUAGUUUUAUUUUGUGAUAGUUUUGCCCCCUUGUUGUAGGAAUGGAACUUGGCGCGCAAGAUUAAUGGUAUGGUUAUAGUUUGAAAGGUUUGUAUUAGACAAUUUUUUACUUAAUUUUUUUGGUGGUUGUAAUCUUAUAUCAAUGUUAAAUUGCCAAUGUUGC